AUGAAACUCCUCAUCCUCACCUGCCUCGUGGCUGCUGCUCUUGCUAUGCCCACUCAGCAACAGCAAAGCAGCAGUGAGGAAAUGGUUAAACCAACAAAGCAUCUCAACCUAAAUGAGCAGAGAGCACUUCUGACAGAACAGAAUGAUGAAAUCAAGGUAACUAUGGAUACAGCAUCUGAGGAAUCUGAGGAAGCUAUUCCCAAUAUCACUGAGCAGAAAAACAUUGUAAAUGAAGACAUAAUCAACCAGUGCACCCUGGAACAGCUUCAGAGUCAGUUUAAGUACAACCAACUUCUCCAGCAAGCUUCCCUGUUUCAGCAACUUCUCCUGGCUCAGCAACCUUCCCUGGCACUGCAAGCUUCCCCAGCACAGCAACCUUCCCUGGUACAGCAAGCUUUCCUGGCACAGCAAGCUUCCCUGGCACAGAAACAUCAUCCAAGACUGAGCCAGGCCUACUACUAUCCGCAUAUGGAGCAGCCUUACAGAAUGAGUGCAUACAGCCAAGUUCAAAUGAGACAUCCUAUGAGUGUAGUGGAUAAGGCACUGGCCCAGUUCUCUGUUCAGCCCUUCCCUCAAUUCCUCCAGUAUGAUGCCUAUCCUGUUUGGGUUAACUUUCCACAAGACAUGCAGUACUUUACUCCUGAGGCCGUCCUUAACACCUUCAAGCCCGUUGUCCCCAAGGAUACUGAAAAAACCAAUAUGUGGUGAGAUAUUAAGACAUCUCUCAGGAACUCCACAGAUAUAACUUUUGAUGUGACUGGAACCUCCAUUCUCUAUCCUCCUCGCAUCUCUCUAUUCAUCCUAUGGAGCCUCCAUCUUACCUAAAGGCUUGACUGCUAUUUAAGAGUAGAAAAAACACCAUAUAGAGGCCAAUGAUUCACCUUGCAUUAUCUACUGCAUUUUGGAUGGCAUAGCAUCCUUCCUUAAGCUAACCUUUCCUAAACAGAUUCUUUUUUCUAAAUUCCAGCUGCAUCAUUUGAGCAGAAAGAAUCAAGGACUUUAGCAAGUUUCUAUUAUGGAAAAUUUGUUUUAAAAGUCUUUAAAUGGAUUCUUGCAAAAAUGUUAUCAUUUUGGGUAAUUGUGUGUAGUAACUGAGAUUGUCUUGUUCCCCUUUUCAAUAAAUUACAUUUUAAGGCA